GUACCUAAGAAAAAAAAAAUUGGUGCUGAAAUAAUCCCCAUUGGUCAAAUUGCCAAGUGUUCUUGUCAUGCAUAUGAUGAAUGUACAUAAAUAUGAAUUUAUCUUUCCAUGCUAGUCACAUUAGUAUAAUUGAAGAUCAUUUGAUUGAAGGGAAACUGGUCUUUCGAAUACAUGAAGCUCACUGCUAAAGUUCAAGUCUUGGAGAGGAACAUAAGGAACUUUGUGGGACAAGAUUUGGAUCCCUUGAGUACUAAAGUGCUUCAGAGUUUGGAGCAACAGCUUGACACAUCUCUAAAGCGCAUCCGAACAAGAAAGAACCAAAUUAUGAAUCAAAACAUCUCAGAGAUGCAUAAAAAGACAAGGGCGUUGCAGGAGCAAAACAGCAAGCUAGCAAAGAUGAAGGAGAAAGAGAAGACAAAGAAACUAACUGAUGAAGGACCACAGAGCUGCCCAGAAACCACAGGCCAACAAUGUUCAUCCACCUCCAACUUAUAUUCUCCAAAGCUAAUGCCACCACAAACACAGUUUCCUUCUCUAACUCACGGUGAGACUUUACAAGCAAGAUUAUCGCUGGAAGAAACGGUUGAAGCUCGAAUCGCCCCCAGUAGUGGUACUCUCAUCCCACCAUGGAUGCUGCAUCAUCUAACUAGUUAGACAUAUGGUUCUGUCAAGUAUGUGACUAAUAUGAUAAAUGUAAUUUUAAGACAUCAACUCUGUUAGAGUGGCUACAUGCCUGAGUUUAAAUCUGCUCUAUCUUUUUGUAAAGGAUGUGCCAUUCAUGCAUAUUUUAUAUCAAUGGGAAUGCAGUCUCUGCUAUUGUAGAAUAACA